AUGGAUACCACCCCAAACAACACCCUCUUCGACCCCUACGACCAAGUCAUCACCCUCAUCAACCCAGAUGGCGUGUCAGGCACCAAAGUCAGCAUCGCCACCAUUUUCAUGCUCCAAGAAGUCGUCCUUGAAACGGCUGCGGUUUACGGUGUGCACCUCGGAAUCACCACGGUGCUGAUCCUUCUGCUAGCACUUCUCACGAAAGCCGACAAGCGCCGCAGCGUUGUCUUCGCCCUCAACAUGGCUGCACUCAUGGGCUUCUGGAUCCGCUCUAUCUUGCUGCUCGUCAGCGCUGGUGGUCCACUCUUCAACUACUACACUUGGUGCCUUGGACUCUACUACGACGUCGGCAACGCCUUCGAUAUAUCUAUCGCAGGCGAGAUCAUCUCCUUGUUGACCCUCGCAGCCGUUGAGCUGUCCCUCCUCUUCCAGGUUCGCAUCGUUUGCUGCACACUCCAGCGACGCUACCGCCUCUGCAUUGCCGUUGGCUCCGUCGCGGUGGUCUUCAUCGUCGUGGCAGCGCGGAUUGGCUUGGCAGUGUUGAACAUCAUGUGGUCCAUGACUGCGCAAGGAAUCUCAGAGCACCACGUCGCUCAGCUCAACAAAGCCCAGAUGGUCAGCCUCAUUUGCACCCUCUUCAGCAUCUUCGCUUUCAGCACGGCCUUCUGCGCCAAGCUCGGCCACGCCAUCUACCAGCGACGCAAGAUGGGCAUGAAGCAGUUCGGUCCCAUGCAAAUAAUUUUUGUGAUGGGAUGUCAGACCUUGCUCAUUCCAGGACUUUUCGGCAUCAUCUCCUUUUUCUACCUCCGCCACUCGCAGAUUUACUCCAUGAUGCCACUCUUGGUCGCCGUCUUCCUUCCACUGUCAGCAAUCUGGGCUUCGACGAACACAAACAAGAACAUCAACAUCGCCGCGCCGUAUCAGUGGCGCAACCAGAACCUUCGCAAGUCGAUCACUGCACACAGCAGCAAUAACAACUACUCGAACGAGAAGGGACAUUUGACUUCAAACAGCACUGUAGACGGCACUCUCGUCGACGACCGCGCUGAAAGCUUCUCCGGCGCAAGUCCGAGCUCUAAGAAGGCGGGCAUGGGCCACCAGGCUACACUCAGUCGUGACAGCAUCGAUCUCGAGCUGCAGAAAGGCGACCAGAGGAUCUACGUCGACCGCACGUAUAAUGUCAGGUCGGAGUAG